CUUUCAACCAACAAGAAAAAGAAAGUCUGAAAUUCCCUUCUCUCUCUCUCUCUCUAGAACUCGAUCAGAGAACUUUCUCUCUCUAAAACUCGAACGGCGAAGAUGAUGCACAUGACCUUCUACUGGAGCAAGCAGGUGACUCUCCUGGUAGAUUCAUGGCGGACCUCUUCGUGGACGGGUUACGUCCUCACCUUGCUCGCCUGCCUGAUCGCCUCCGCCUUCUACCAAUACAUGGAGGAUCUCCGCCUCCGAAUCAAGAUCGCCUCCGCCGGAAAGCCGUCGUCUACGCAGCAGAUCGAGGCUCCGCUCCUCCAGAAGAGGUUCGCCAGCGGGAAAUGGUCGCUGGCGAGGCUCGCCGGAGCUCUGCUCUUCGGCGUGAACUCGGCGAUCGGGUACCUCCUCAUGCUCGCAAUCAUGUCGUUCAACGGAGGCGUGUUUGUCGCCGUCGUUUUGGGCCUCGCCGUCGGCUGUUUUCUCUUUCGUACCUCCGAUGAGGAUGUCACGCUUGUCGUUGAUAAUCCUUGCGCUUGUGCUUAAAAAUUCCGGCAAAAGAUAUUGGAAGUCCACAAUUUUUUUUUUGUUAUUUUUUUUUUUUGGGUAUUGUUAUGGUCGAACGAAUGGGUAAGAUCCAACCUCGGAAACACUCAUCUCUGCUGUAAAUCUUCAAUUGAAAACUGAAUUGCUCUUUUUUUUUUCCUCUA